GCAACCCAAAGCGGAGCUGCAGCUAGCGCUGGGCAAAGAGCAGCAGAAGCACGCCAUACUCGUAGAGCGGUCUGAACAGCUGGACCUGGUAGCCAAGCGAAGGGGAGAGAUCGCAGAGAAGCACGUGAAGACGUCUCCGGCAGACGUCGCGCUAUUGGCAUCCGAAGUCCGAGACAGGACACAGCAGGUGGUGGAACUCCUGGCCGAGAUUGACGAGCUGCAGCGAGCAGCAGCGUCAAGGUCGGAGCGCGAUCCAAGUGGCAGGAGGAAGUCGCAUCCUCCAACAGCCUCGACACCCAGCAGAGAUCUGCUGGAGGAUGCCGCAGAGGCACUGGUGAAGGUGCAGCUGCGAUGCGAGGACAUGGAGAGACAGCGCACCGUGAUUGAGAAGGACCUGCUUCAAAGGCAGGGAGAGUCCUGGGGCCAAGAGCUGGCCGCACUGCAUGCGGAGCUGUCGCGAAAAACUGCGCAGCUUA